AGACGCCCCAUUUUAUUUAUGUUUUGAGCUGCGUUUGAGGAGCUCGCCAGUUUUGCUCGACUUGUUUUCCUUUAGUAAACUAUUUUGUUCAGCUCCAUCGUUUCCAGGUAGGCGAAAAACGUUCCCUGUUUUUCGGUUUAGCGACGCGCGACGCAGCGCGGUCUUUUCCCUGGCAUUUUUCUCCAGCGUUCCCAGCGCCACGCAUCGCUUGUUCGCCCGUGAAUUUGCUCUAUAUUGCACCAACAAUGUCAAACUUCUUAGAGGGUCUCGCUUCCUUUUUCUCGGGCAAGAAACCCGAAAAGUCUGACGAAAUGGCGUCCAUGUCGACUCCCGCGGCCGAGCUGCAGCGCGCGAUGGCUGCCCGCAAACGCGCGCAAGGCAGAGACGGGAACUUUGUGAUGUCGCCGUUCUCGGUCUUGCUUGUGUUCGCGAUGGCCAUGCGCGGCGCAAGUGGUCCGACGCUGCGCGAAAUGCACAACUUCCUCAAACUUUCCUCCCUGCCUGCCGUCCCGAAGCUCGAUCAAGAGGGCUUUUCCCCGGAAGCUGCUCCCCAGCUCGCCGUGGGGUCUCGGGUGUAUGUCCACCAGGACUUCGAAGGCAACCCGCAGUUCCGGAAGUACGCGAGCGUCCUCAAAACUGAAUCUGCGGGCGAAACUGAGGCCAAAACACUCGAUUUCGCAGACACCGCGGCUGCAGUUGAGGAAAUUAACGGCUUCGUCUCUAAGCAGACGCACGAACACAUCAAACAACUCGUGACGGCGCAAGACGUCAACCCGAACACCAAGCUCGUCCUCGUCAGUGCAAUGUACUUCAAGUGCAGUUGGGCUAAGCAGUUUCCCAAGCACCGAACUGACACUGGAACUUUCCACGCGCUGGUAAACGGCAAGCACGUGGAGCAGCAAGUCAGCAUGAUGCACACAACCCUGAAGGACUCGCCACUUGCUGUCAAGGUGGACGAAAACGUCGUCGCCAUUGCGCUGCCCUAUUCAGACCCCAACACCGCAAUGUACAUCAUUCAGCCCCGAGACUCGCACCACCUCGCCACGCUUUUCGACAAGAAAAAGAGCGCCGAACUAGGCGUAGCGUACAUCGAGUCUCUUGUGCGGGAGAUGCGGAGCGAAGAGACUGCCGAGGCUAUGUGGGGAAAGCAAGUGCGUCUGACGAUGCCCAAGUUCAAGCUGAGCUCUGCGGCGAACCGGGAAGACCUGAUUCCGGUGUUCAGCGAGGUGCUCGGAAUCAAAAGCAUGUUCGACGUGAAUUCUGCGGACUUCUCCAAGAUCACUGGAAACCGUGACCUGGUCGUCUCGUCUUUCCUCCAUGCAGCGGACAUCGACGUAGACGAGAACGGGACUGUGGCGACCGCCGCAACGGCCAUGGGCAUGAUGCUGCGCAUGGCCAUGGCCGAGCCGAAGAUCGUGAACGUGACGAUCGACAGACCCUUCGCCUUUCAGAUUCGCUACACUCCGGCCUCGGGAAAGCAAGACGGCAGCGACGACUACGUCCUCUUCAGCGGACAGAUCACUGACGUCGCCGCGGCGCAGUAGGCGGGCGAGCUCGGGGACUGCGAAGGCUGAGAUUUUGUGGUCUAGACGGGAUUGCUUCGACCGCGAAUCCGAAAGUCGAGGGGGCAGGUCCCCCUCCACGUCGAGGAAUGUGAACAGAGAUGGUACUUUUCAAGAAAUCCGUGUUUCGUAGACGAGACAUGUGCAAUCAAUCCUGCAGGGGGUUCUGAGCAGAAGCUGCUGCGGGCACUGCGAGACUCUGUGAGGGUCCAGGCGGCUCCAUACGAAAGUCUCUUCUUUCCUAACUGCAUGCAACACGCAGCGGUGUCUCUUUGUGGUGCAGUGUCUCCACCCAACGCAGUUUGAGGGCUUGGCGCCCGUAAUGCUCUUAGCCGCUA